CGAAAACGUCAAACAGUUACCCUCCACACCCCAAGCGGGACGUCGCCGGUCGCGGCGAUCAUCCCCCUCGUAUACCGGUGCCAGAACAGUUGCCGAAGAGUACCACCACCGCUGCACGCGUAGUAUCACGUGGACUCGCAUGGAUCCAUCGAUCGCGGUAGCGUGCGAGCCCUGAUUGAGUUCACGUCACGCGUAGUCGAGGAAAACAGUGCUAAAGACAUUUAUCGUAUAACGAAGGAUUUUCUGUGUGGUUUUUGGAGCUUCCUACGACCUUGGUGCUUUUAAAGGUGCAUAAAUGGUGGAUUAUUACAACUACAAGAUGUCAGGCAGCGAGGACGAGCCUGAGUCCCUCUCGCAGUCGGGGAUGUCCAAGGCGGAGUUGCGGAGGAGCAACAAGCCGAUCAUGGAGAAACGGAGGCGCGCGCGGAUAAAUCAGUGCUUGGACGAAUUGAAGAGCUUGAUCCUCGAGGCGAUGAAAAAAGACCCAACCAGGCAUUCGAAGCUCGAGAAGGCCGAUAUCCUCGAGAUGACGGUGAAGCAUUUACAGGCCGUGCAGCGUCAGCAAUUAAGCACUGCGGUCGCUACCGAUCCGGCGGUGUUAACGAAAUUCCGCACUGGAUUUUCUGAAUGUGCUACCGAAGUAUCGCGGUACGUCAGCCACCUCGAGAACGUUGACCCUGUUGUGAAGCAACGACUGGUAUCACACUUGAACAAUUGCGUCAGCAAUCUCCAGCAAAUGGCGCCGUUCUACAGCCACUACGUGCCCUACAUGCCGGAACGCCUCUACCCGGAGGUGAAGGUCGGUUUCCAGAGCGAUUUCCAGAAUGGCGACGAGAAUAAUAAUGGAAGUGCCAGGAUCCAGAUACCGAACGGGGUUCAGUUGAUACCCAGCCGACUUCCAACAGGAGAGCUGGCUCUGUUGGUGCCCCAAUCGGCGGCCAUCUCCGCGAACUUCCCGUUCUUUCCACCCGCCCCCGACUCCAAGAUCGGUCGAUCUUCGGCCUUCACCGCCGUCCACAGGCCACAGAGUCCACUGUUGAGCCCCACCACGUCCACUUCCAGCUUCGGCGAAGAAAGCCACCAGUCGGAGAACUAUCCUCAGGCUCCUUCACCGACCCAUCAGCAGCGUUGGUUCAAAGCUCCGGAGCAGAGCCCGGCUUCCUCCAAGAGCUUCUCCUCGUCUCCGGAGACACAGAAGCCACAGAUCAGCUCCACCAGCGACAGCAAGUCACCGGUACAGAUUUUCAUAGACUCCAAACCGGACGGGAGUAAUAUACCUAAGAAGGUGUCCGCUGAUUCCUCUGAGUUGCCGAACAGCAAUGGAAUGGCGCCGAAUUUGCGACAACCGCUCUCGGUUAUCACGGAUAAGGCUUACAAUCGCAGCGGUUCGCUGCCCGCCAGAAGGGAGACCUUGAAGAGGCAUCAUUCCAGCGGACUUCUGGCCAUCUCCGAUAAAAGACCCAGGUAUCAGGAAUCGAUCACCUCCACGGUUCCCAUGGAUUCUUCCAACGGCGCGGCGAAGUCCGACGAAGAUCAAGCGGUUUCGGUAGAGGAUUUGUCGGGUAGGGCGACUUGCUCGGCUAAUAGAAAUUCUAAUCCUAAUCCUACGAAACUAGCAGCCGUGGCCGGCCCUUCGGGCGCGAACGGCGAUAUGUGGCGACCGUGGUGAUUCAAGGAGAAACUUGCCGACUGUUUUGUUUAAGUUUAAGACGAUGCUCCGGAGGAUUGUCCUAGAUUGCUUAGUACAAAUAAGUAUUCAUGAAUACGGAUGGUAUUGACCACGAGAUAUAGAUUCUAAGAUGUUUUAUCAACGAGAUCGGUGCCCAACGGUCGAUUGUCUUGCGUCCUCUUUGUACCGAACGAGAUAGUGCCUUAGGGAAGGGAAUAGUUCACUUUUAUUGGUUAUUGACGACCAUAGUUGGUUUUUCUCCCGACGCAUGUGUCUAACGAUAAGUUGUAUUUAUUAUCGAAGUAGGUCUCGACUAAGUAGGUUCAGUAAGUUAAGUAGCAUUAGAGUUCAGGAUGGGCUAUGAGCAAGGUGUGGAAAAUUCGAACGAGAAGGCAUUAGGCAGUUAAGCGGAUAAACCACGGAAUGGGAACGCGCACAACUCUGUAUCCUAGCAUUUGAAGACUUACAAGCUUUAACGAUAUUUUGUACGAUUAGUUUCCUGUGAAUAAUCUUGUAAAUAACCGCCCGACCUUAUUUAAUUUUUACCUUUCAUUAAGAAUCGUUUUUUGUCAAACGACCGAGCGCGGUCGUCGUAGGCUAAGAUACUAUCGCCAGUUUGUGAUAACGGUCAAGCGUCCAAAUAAAAAUGAAACGAUAACGACGAAUCCUCUUCGAUUAAUUGGCAUCGUCUCCGACGCGACGAAUCGCGAACGUCUCCUAUGAAAAAAGUCCGAAUCCGUGGCCUCUAUUGACACGUCCCGCGGUCUCGUAAAAGGCUCAGCAAUUUCGCCGGUAGAAAAAAAAAAGUCGUCGGGGCGGCUUUAUCCUUUUAAGAAGCGUUAAACGCGCUCCGAUUCAUAAACUGGAACUUAUUCUUUCCCUUUUUGCCGAUAAAGGAGUAAAAAGACGCGGCGAAUGAGAAUUUCAACCACCUGUUACACCGCAAAACCACCCCCUUUCUCAUCGGCCGACUGCUUAAACUGAUUUAUCGACAGACGCCGUGAAAUUCGUUCGAUGCCCUUAGCCGUCUGUGGAGCACUCGUCUUGGCCACCGGUUGCCGAAAUUCUUAAUUUCGAUAUUGAUUUAUGGCGCGAAAAGGAAGACCGUAAUUCCAUCGAGAGGCGGGUGGAUGGAGCAACACGUGCGCGUAUAGUUUACGCAUUUCCUAGCCUCCGGCGCUUGUUAAUUCCAAAGAGUAUUCUUUUUCUGGUCGAUUUGUUUGGGGAAAAAGUAGCCAUGUUUGAGAAAAAGCUGACGCAAUUUUUUUUACGAGCGCUAGUUCCCAUGCGCCGUGCGAGAUGGCGGCAUGGUAGCGACGGGCAGCGAGAAUUCCCGUCUACUCUAAAGUUUUCAGAAACUGCCAGUGUGACUUUAGGAUUACUCUCGUUUGUGUUUUAGUUCUGAUUAUUGUUCGUUCGAACUUUGGGUAAGGAUAGAAUUUAGUGAGGAAAUUAUUGAUGACGAUGGAAGAGUAUGUAAGUAUGAGUUAUUUGAGAAUGGUAUAGGUAAGUUUUUCAUUUUAUUUUGUUGGAAGUGGUUAAAGUAGUACAGGAGCUAAAUUCUUAAUGCAAAUGGCACUUCAUUGAAUGAAAUUGUGGAAUUUGGCAAUGAACCUUAACUAACUCUUUCGAAUAUAUAUAUAUUUUUUUUUAAUUACUUUGUUUAAGGUCACAUCAACUCCAUGGUUAUUAGUAACCACGUUAAUAUUUACAAUUCAAUUGCAAUUUAUUCAUUAUUACAUAUUUCGUUAAUAUAUCUACUAGUUUGAGAAAUUCGUUUCUAUUGUUGAGAAUCGUCUGCAUAUUAUUUAAAAGUUUGAAUUCUACUCGAUCGUGCUGCAUUCCUUGGCAUUCUUCAAUUAAAUGACUUUCGAAUAUAUUUUCUGAUCCUUCUUUUUCGAUAAAUGAAAUGUACAUAUUUAACAGUUAAUUGUCGUCAAGUGAUCGAAUCUCUAAUGGGUUUCGCCGAAGUAAAGAUCUAACUUCCUUUCAUUAUAUUGUAGUCUAUGUGUAGUCCAAGUUAUUACUUACAUAAUUUAAUUGUAUGAAGCUUCGUUUACAUCAAUCAAUGUACUUUCAUUUAUUAUAUUACAAAAUAUUUUUCCUAAUGGAAUCAAUCACAGUUUAAAUCAUCUGACGAGGUCUUCUAAGGGCUGAAACGUUGCAAUAUUUGAGAGAACAUUUAAGACAAAUUUUGUUCAUAAUAAUUUCAACUGUUUUGGCUGGUUAACCCAUUCACUGCUGGACAAAUUUUGAAGGUUUUGUUUUGGACGCCAAGAUUUAAUACAGAUAUGUAAUCUAGGUUAUCAUUUUGAUAAUAAAAAGUGAUAUUAAAUUCAUUGUUUUAAAAAGAAAGAAUGUAAAUUUAUACUUCGAGUAAUUGCAAUAAAUUCGAACUACGAGAUAUCUCGUAGUUGAUAAGGAAUGGGUUAAAACAUUUUCUCAGUGAUUUCGUUUUAAUUUCGAUUUCCUUUCUAUUCCUAAAGA